GGAAGAACUUGCUCAAAGCCAACACCCAACCGGGCGAUUGGGAUGGUUUUCAAACAAAUUAGGGUUGGGGCUUGCCGUCGGCGUACUUCCUCGGCGGCGCUCCGCCGGCGCACAAAUCUCCUCCACGCCCGAGCUCCGCCUCCGCUAAACUUCCGCCUUCUCCACAACCCCACACUCCGCCGCCGUUCUCCGGCCGCCGGCGAGGGGCGCGGAAGAUGUCGGUUCUAAUCGUCACGAGCGUGGGCGACAUCGAGCUGGAUCUCCACACCGACCUGUGCCCCCUCACCACCAAGAACUUCCUCAAGCUCUGCAAAAUGAAGUAUUACAAUGGGUGUCUGUUCCACAAGGUGGAGAAGGAUUUCUUGGCACAAUCUGGAGACCCGACUGGAACUGGCAGUGGAGGUGAUUCUGUGUAUAAGUUUCUUUAUGGUGAUCAAGCUCGAUUUUUUAAUGACGAGAUCCGUCCGGAAUUAAGGCAUUCAAAAACUGGCACAGUUGCAAUGGCAAGUGCUGGUGAAAAUUGCAAUGCCUCGCAGUUCUACAUCACCUUGCGGGAUGAAGUGGACUACCUUGAUGAUAAGCACACUGUGUUCGGGACAGUUGCUGAAGGUUUUGACACACUGACGAAGAUAAAUGAAGCAUAUGUUGACGAUAAAGGAAGGCCAUUUAAGAACAUAAGGAUUAAACAUACAUAUAUCUUGGAUGAUCCUUUUGAUGAUCCUCCUCAGCUUGCUGAACUUAUUCCUGACAAUUCUCCGCUAGGAAAGCCACAUGAUGAGGUUGCAGAAGAACGCUUAGAGGAUAGCUGGGUCCCUUUAGAUGAAACAGUGGAUCCCGAACAGCUUGAGGAGAUGAUCCGCUCUAAAGAAGCACAUGCUAAUGCAGUUAUCCUUGAGAGUGUUGGAGACAUUCCGGAUGCUGAGGUCAAACCGCCAGACAAUGUCUUAUUUGUUUGUAAACUCAACCCAGUAACACAAGAUGAAGAUCUAUAUACAAUCUUCUCGCGUUUUGGAACUGUGACAUCAGCUGAAAUUAUUCGCGACUUCAAGACUGGAGAUAGCUUAUGCUAUGCUUUUAUCGUUUCUCUUGAUGACCUUUGGUCAGAAUUUGAGGUAAAGGAGGCAUGUGAACGCGCAUAUUUCAAGAUGGACAAUUGUCUGAUUGAUGAUCGGAGGAUCCAUGUUGAUUUUAGUCAAAGUGUUUCAAAACUCUGGGGCCAGUUCAGACAAAGCAAACGAAAUGCAAAUAAAGAUGGGUGCUUCAAGUGUGGUGCCCCAGACCACCUAGCCCGGGAUUGUGAUCAAGAUGCUGAGCAGAAAAACAAAGGCCCAAAUUAUGUUCUGAAAGAUGACAACACUCAGAGAGGCAGUAACAACCGUCGAAGCUAUGAUUUAGUCUUCGACGCUGACACAGCUGGUCAGCAAGAUCGUCAUCAGAAUACUGAUCGAAGGAAGAUUCAAAAAGUAGAUGACCGGAGAUCGGGGCUACCACCUUGGGGUGAUCGUGACAGGAACAGCCGGGACAGAAAUUAUAGCGAUGAGAAAGGUAGGAGGCAAGAUGGGUACCACAGAUCUGGUGAUCGAAGCUCUGGAAGCUAUGACGAUCGUGACUACAAGCAGCCCGAGAGCAAGAGCAGAAACAGGGCUGAUGACAAGGACUACAGACGAAGGUCUGGAGCCGGUCGAUAUGACAGGGAUAGGUCGGAUGGCGAGCGUCGCCAUAGGGAUGACCUUGACCGUGGAAAGAGCGAUCACCACAAGAGAGACGAAAGUGGACGCUCGAGGGCACGAAGCCCGGAUGCCGAUAGACACAGAAGAGAAGAUGUUGGCCACCGUGAGACGAGUAGGCACAGGGAAAGAAGGCACCGGGAUGAUAGAUAGGUUGUUGUAUCAGUGCCAGUUUUGCAUUUCCUGUUCCCUACUUUACAGAGUUUAUCACGUGUAGGUUAAAUAUCUUUAGUUGUACACUAUGCAUAAUGCGUAUAAAUGGUUGCUGAAUUGUGCACCAGACGUUCUUUCAAGUUUAAAAAGAGACGUUGUCUCCGGUAUGGAUGAUGUACGCAAACUAAAAUGGCACCAGAUGUGAGUUUGUGAUGCCCUUCAAAUUUUGGGGCCAUGGUUUUACACUGGGACGAACAA